ACUAUCUUCUCUUCUAAAUUCUAAUAAACUUGGACUUGUGUAAACUUUCCUCUGUUCUUACUCUUUUCCUCCUUCGCCUCGCCAGCUAAACGCCACUGAAACAUAAGUUGAAUUAAAACCAUUUCUUCGUUUCCCAUUUACCCUCGACUCUCUCUCUUGCUUCCCUGCAACCGAAUUUCCUGUCUUCACCUUUGGAGCAAGCUAGUCGCCAGUCGGGACUUCAUACCAUCGUCUUCUUAUUAUUAGUUAUUAGUAUUUUAAAAUUCAAGUCUUGAGCUGCAACUUUGGGCGAAUUCAGGGUCGGCUAAGCGGGAUUCUGUGUCUGUGUUUGGUGGGUGGAUACUUGGUUUCUCCUUCUUGGGAGGUCUAAGAUGUACUCGGCAGACGGUUGAGCUCCAGAGAAUGGGUUGUUUCGUCAGCAAGAAGACCACCGCCGAGAAAGAGGCGGACGGCGGCAUGAUUUGCGAUGGGUCUUCCGUUACCGUUUCCGACGGAGCUAACCAUACCGCCAGGGCCAGUAAGGAGUCGACUGUUGCGGCGGCGAAGCACAAGUCCAGACAUCACAGAGCUGAUUUCUAUGCAGAGGUGGCCUGGCAGUCCUGGGUCGACCGGUGGUUUGCAACCCAGCAAGGUGGGUGGCCGUCGUGGCUAAUGGCGGUGGCCGGUGAAGCCAUCGGUGAGUGGACUCCUCAUCGGGCAAACACUUUCGAGAAGCUCGAUAAGAUUGGGCAAGGGACUUAUAGCAAUGUGUACAAAGCGAGGGAUCUAUUAACAGGAAAUAUAGUGGCAUUGAAGAAAGUGAGGUUUGAUAACUUGGAGCCGGAGAGUGUGAAAUUUAUGGCGCGAGGGAUUCUUGUUCUCCGCAGGUUGGAUCAUCCAAAUGUGCUCAAGCUUGAGGGUUUGGUUACCUCAAGAAUGUCUUGUAGCUUGUACUUGGUCUUCGAGUACAUGGACCAUGAUUUAACUGGCCUUGCUGCUCGCCAGGGAGUCAAGUUCAGUGAGCCACAUAUAAAAUGCUAUACUAAGCAGUUGCUGUCGGGGCUUGAACACUGUCACAGUCAUGGUGUACUGCAUCGUGACAUCAAGGGUUCUAAUCUCCUCAUUAAUAACGAGGGUGUACUGAAAAUUGCUGAUUUCGGUCUAGCUACAUUCUAUGAUCCUGGAAGCAGGGUUAUCAUGACUAGUCGAGUUGUUACCCUGUGGGAUCGACCUCCAGAGCUUCUUCUAGGAGCAACUUGUUAUGGGGUUGGCGUUGACCUUUGGAGUGCUGGCCGCAUUUUGGCUGAGCUGCUUGCCAAGAAGCUAAUCAUGUCUGGCCGGACCGAGAUUGAACAACUGCACAAGAUAUUUAAGUUAUGUGGCUCACCAUCUGAGGAAUACUGGAAGAAGGCAAAAUUACCUAAUGCCACACUUUCCAUGCCUUUGAUUCAGACUUUGCUUUCGAUAGACCCAGAGGAACGAGGCACUGCCACUUCUGCUCUCAAUAGUGACUAGUGAGGCGAGUGUCAUAUACCAACUCGAUAUUCUGAUACCAAGUGGAAGUGUUUGCGUUCAAGUAUAUUAAUUGUCAGUAAUGUGAAGUAGUAGAUGUCUAGGUUGAUACCAUCAUGUCAGUUUUAUUGCUUAGUAUAAAUGAGAAGUUCUUUUUUGUCAGAUAAAAUUAUAUGGGGCAUGGUAUAUGACGUAUAACAUGCAACGAUUCAUCUGUGUACAGUUCUUUAGCACAGAACCUGUUGCUUGCUAGCCAUGUAGUUUGCCCAUUUAUCCGCCUAGCAAGGAACUGGAUGUGAAAUUGAGGGAUGAAGAAGCAAGAAGGUUAGCUAGCAGCAGACUGUAAAUUCUUUUCAUCGUCAUCAUAUUUUUGUUUGCUGCAUAUGCUGAUGAUAACGAUUGGCUAAUAGACAAAGGGGACUUAGUGGUAAAGAUAAUGAUGGUGCUGAAGGUGCCAGAAAAGUUCGAAAUCGGCCUGGUCGUGCUGUCCCGGCCCCUGAGGCUAAUGCUGAGAUUCCAGCAAACGUAGAUAGAUGGAGGCUUGUGACGCAAGCAAAUGCUAAGAGCAAAAGCGAGAAGUUCCCACCUCCACACCAGGACGGAGAAGUUGGAGGACAGUCGUUUGGUGGAUGAUGGGAUGCCCAAAACAUCUUUCAGCUCGUCGGUGUUUACUUCAAAUGCAUCAUCGACAUCUACUAAAAGUGUUGGUAGCUCUGGAGGUUCUUCCAGGAGGAGGAGAAACAGCAAGGAUGGUAGUGCCCAGAUAGGCCCAUCGAGGAAGUUCCUUCGUCCGUUUAAUGGUUCAACAAUAGGGCUAUCAAUGGAUCUGUUGUUCAAAUGCAAGUCGGAGAAUUUUGGGAGCCGUAGGCAGACAGGUAGGUAGAUAGAUAA